AUGGUGACGGCUUCUGAUGAUAAGUCAGGGUCAACAGCGAAGACACCUGUCACGGCAGGUGCAACUACGGACGUAACGGCAAGCGUGGGAUUAGCAAUGUCGAAUUUACACGACGACUACGAUUCAGAUGCAUAUUACCAAUCCAAAGAUGGGUUUAAGAUCAUACUAGCUAAUCCUGAAGUUGAUGGGCAGGUCUACGUCGACCGAAUGCUAUCGUCGGACGAUGAUAUCCAUGUGAUUUCCGAUUUUAAGGCGGACGAUUACUACACUAACAAGAAGCUCAAUGACUACACGAAUAGAGAUGGAUUGGAUUUGGAGCUGAAUAAGCAGUCUGCUUUUAAGCAGUUUGUAUCCGAACUGCUCGAAAAGGUUGUUGAAUGUAGACCUCCAAUAGGUGCUAUAAAUAACCCAGGUCAUUACAACAGCUCGAAUGUCUAUAAAAAUGUUCAACAUCAUAAGAUGCCAGUUUUGGAUGGUAAGCUACGUGAGAAUAACGGCGCUGAUCCAAUAAGGAGUAAAGAAUAUUUGCGAAGUUAUCUGACUUUGAGUGAUGAGGAGUUGGACUUUUUAAAGGGUUCUCAUCACAAAGCUAUGGAUCUUUUACCGGAUGGCUUCCCAAGUGAAGUCUCGUCGGAAAUCAAAGGCAGAGGUAUAUUAUACGCCGGUGGUGGUAGUUACAACUGGCUUGUAUUGCUUUCAUUGGUUAUGCUUAGACAGACUGGUUCCAAAUUACCAGUUGAAGUAUUUAUCCCAAAGGAUUCAGAUUAUCAAUCCGAUUUGUGUAACAGAGUGUUCCCAGUGUUUGGUGCUAAAUGUCUCCUCAUGGAGAACUAUGUUGAUGUGAAGAAGUACAAAUUUAAAGGGUAUCAGCUGAAAUCAAUGGCAUUGUUGUUAACCUCAUUUGAAGAAGUUUUAUUAUUAGAUUCUGACAACAUUCCUUUGAAGAACCCGGAUUACAUGUUCAUUAAUGAACCUUACAAGUCUAAUGGAAUGAUUGUAUGGCCAGAUUUCUGGAGACGCUCGACAAGUCCGUUGUACUAUGAGAUUGCCAACAUUCCGGUUAAUGAGACUCAUCAAGUGAGAUUCUCCUACGGAGAUGAGCGUGAUCACCCACAGCCUCUGGAGACUCAUGAAGACUAUGAAUGGAAGAUCUCCUACCACGAUUUGGAAGGUACAUUGCCAGAAGCAUCGUCAGAGACUGGGCAGCUUCUGAUUAACAAGAAGACACACGCAAAGGCUAUCUUCCUGUCUUUAUACUACAACUUCUUUGGACCUGAUUACUACUACGGGUUGUUCUCCCAAGGACAAGCAGGUGAGGGUGACAAGGAAACCAUAUUAGCAGCAGCUCAUAAGUUGGGACUUCCAUAUUACCAAGUUCAGGAAUACAUUCGUGAGUUUGGAGAAUCCACUGGGGAAUAUGAGUUUCAUAUAGCUGCAAUGGGUCAGUAUGAUCCAAUACUGGAUUACCUACAAGGUCAGGAGCCUGAGAAGUAUAAAUAUGACAAGUGGGUCUACGACCGAAAGAAGAACAACUACCCUAUGCAUAAGUACAAAGAGUCUGAGACGAUGUUCUUGCAUUGUAAUCAGCCGAAGCUAUACCCAUGGCAAGUUGAUGGUAAUGGGUUCAGAAAGAUCCACGACACUGCGGGUAACAGAAGAAGACUGUAUUCUCAUUAUCUUCACGAGGAGUUAGGAUUUGAUGCUGAGGCCAAGAUUUGGGAAUCCAUGCAAUGGCUACUGUGUAACCAUGGGGAUAUAAGCUUCAGAGGUUCACGGGAUUCAAACAAGUGGUGUGCUAAGGUAACAGAACAGCUGGAUUGGUUGAAAAUGCAUCCAGAAGAUGUUGAAAUUAAAGGAGAAGAAAAAUCAAAUCGUUGA